CCACUCCCUGAGCCGGGACAGCUCCUCCCAACACCUACCCUAAAGAGGAAGCAAGCUGGAGAGGCAGGGCAUGACAGAAAGCAAGCCAAAGUAGAAGCACAGAGUUCAAAUAUUGCAGGAGAUUUCGGAGCCACGUUGUGUCUGCUGCUCCCGAGUGCUCCUGCUGGGGGUGGCCCAACAGCCGUGCCUUCUUGGCCAAGACAGCCAGAGAGCGGACCGUGAAGAUGAGGCUAAAGGCAUUCUGGAGGCUGAAAGAGCGCUGGAAGAGCCUGGAGGGUGUCAGCAAAGUUUUCUGCUUCAGCAAGGCUCCAGGAACAGCGUACAGUGACCCUCACUGGAACAAGGAGGCUCUCUUUGGGAGAUGGCAUCUGAGCAGCAUCCGCAAAUGCUCUGGGAUCCCUGCCAGUUUCCUGGGUGCCGAGGGAACAAGGGACACUUCUCUGGGGAAAAACACCCACCUCCAGAAAGAGCUGCAGCCUUUGGAGAAUCAAGAGAAGGGCUCCUGGAGAAGUCGGCAAGCCGAAUCCAACAGCAGAGAAACCACAAUGGCUUCUUACAAAGUCCAAGUGGCCACCGGGAAUUUCUGGGGCUCCGGGACCUUCGACACGAUCUCCAUCACCCUGGUGGGCUUGAAGGGCCAGAGCCCCAAACAGACGUUGAACAACACAGGGAUAGACUUCAUCCCAGGAGCGGUGGAUGAAUACGAGGUGCACAGUGAUGGGAAGCUGGGCCUGAUUCUGCUGGUCCGUCUCGACAAGGAGCCUUACCUCUUUUUCCCUGAGGACAGCUGGUACUGCAACUUUGUCCAGCUCAUCACCCCACAAGGAGAGACCCUCCGCUUCCCCUGUUACCAGUGGAUCGAGGGGUACAGGACCCUGGAGCUGAGAGAGGGGGCAGCCAAACUUGUUUGUGAUGAUGCCGGAAACGCAUUACUUCUGGGGCAUCGGGCAGAGGAGGUGAAGGCAAGACAGGAGGCUUACAGGUGGGCAGUAUUUGCGCCGGGAAUGCCUCAGUGCCUGGCUGUGGAGAAGAUAGAGGAGCUGGACACCAACAUGAAGUUCUCCUUAACCAAGCUGGGAGCCUUCCUGCUGCGGUCGAAAGUCACAGUGAUGGAGAUGAAGCUGAAGGGAUUAAUGAACUGCCAGGAGUCUUGGAAGAAAAUGGAAGACAUCCGAAAGGUUUUCUGGUUCAACAAAACACCAGUUUCAGAGUACGUUGCUGAUCACUGGCAAGAAGAUGCUUUCUUUGGCUACCAGUAUCUGAAUGGCGUCAACCCCAUGGUGAUCGAGAAGUGUACCAAGAUCCCGGCCAACUUCCCUGUGACCCAAGAGAUGGUAGCUGGCUUCCUUGGGGCAUCCACCACCCUGCAGGAGGAAAUCCAGAAGGGAAAUGUCUUCAUCGUGGAUUACAAGAUCCUUGAGGGCAUCCCGACCAACAUAAUCCAAGGCCAGCAGCAGUACAUGGCAGCCCCUCUCUGCCUCCUGUACCAGACGCCUUCCAGGGACCUUGUCCCCAUUGCUAUCCAGCUCGACCAAACCCCUGGCCCCGACAGCCCCAUCUUCCUCCCCUGUGAUCCUGUGUGGGAUUGGACCCUGGCUAAGAUGUGGGUGCGCAACGCCGACUUCCACGUCCACCAGAACAUCUCCCACCUCCUCCGGACACACCUGAUGGCCGAAGUCUUUGCUGUGUGCACUCUGAGGCAUUUGCCGUUGUGUCAUCCUCUCUUCAAGCUGCUGAUCCCACACUUCCGCUACACCCUCCAGAUCAAUGCUUUGGCCAGGGUCAGGCUCAUCAUGGAAGGUGGCAUGAUGGAUAAGGCUACCUCUGCAGGCUUCGAAGGAAUUGUGCCCAUUGUGGGGAAAGGUGCCUCCAAUAUGACCUAUGCCUCCCUCUGCCUCCCAGACAACAUUGAGGCCCGCAGAGUCACUUCCAUCGCUAACUACUACUACCGGGAUGACGGAAUGAAGAUAUGGGCUGCCAUAGAGAGCUUUGUGACGGGCCUCGUCAGGUUCUACUACAAGACCGAUAACCGCGUCCAAAGCGAUCCGGAGCUCCAGGGCUGGAUUCUGGAGAUCUUUACAGAAGCCUUUCAAAGCAGAAAGACAUCAGGUGCUCCCUCGUCUCUGGAGACCAUGGAACAGCUUACAAAAUUCCUGACAAUGGUGAUUUUCACCUGUUCAGCUCAACAUGCUGCUGUCAACAGUGGACAGUAUGACUAUGGUGCAUGGAUCCCCAACUCUCCACCUUCCAUGAGAAGACCCCCACCCACAGUGAAGGGCACAGCAACCUUGGAGAGCAUCCUUGAGACCAUCCCUCAGGUCAAUACCACCUGUAUCGCUCUGAGCUCUCUGUGGUUGCUAAGCAAUGAGGUUGGAGACACGAGACCUUUGGGAUUCUAUCCCGAUGAACAUUUCACCGAGGACGAGCCAAAGCGGCUCAUGGUGGCCUUCCAGAACCACCUGGCGGAGAUUUCUGAGGAUAUUAACAAGAGGAACAAGUCCCUAACCCUCCCGUACAACUACUUGAACCCUCCUCAGGUCGAGAACAGCAUCUCCAUUUAGGUCUCGGGCGCUUAAAUGAUGAUGUCACCCAAUUUUGUAAUGGAUCGCCAAGUUUCUCCAUCUUAGUAUGCUCAGUGACAUUAUGCAUUGAGGGGUCUGCCUCUCCAAAGGACUUCUCUGGCUCAGAAUGUAAAACGAGGCAUUAUGAGAUUCUGCACAGCUGACUUCUGCAUCUUGUGCACGUAGGCGCAUCCGUGUAGAAUUUCUUCAAAGUUUAACCUUUUCCUUCCUACUCCAAUCCUCUUUGAUUGCCGUGAAGCUACAUGAACGAAAAGGCACCUGCUUUACAGAACAACCAAGUUUUUUAAUGCUCAGCCCUUGUUCUCAUUGAGAAACUCUUUCUGGUUCUACGAAUUAAGCUGCAAUCCUGUAUCCACACCCCAGAACUCCACUGGGGCUUCCUUCUAAGUAGGCACGUAUAGGAGUGCAUGUAAAUGACCACAAUAGAGCUGAUAAUAGCACAGUGGGGAGGAGAGCCUGGCUGGGAGGCCAGAGUCUGUGAGUUCAAAUCCCCGCUCGUGUCUCCUGGGUGUCAAGGGCCAGCUAAAGAUCACCCCACAGUGAGUGGCUCAGGGGUUACGUGCCCUGCCACCUGAGCAGCCGUGGGCAAGCUGCAGAGUCCCAAGGAGCACAGUUGCCCCCAGCUGGCAGUUGUGGACCAGGAAGGGGCUGGCUUGUGCAGCUGUGGCAAGCUGAGCAGGCCCUAGCCAGCUGGGGAGGACUAGCCUCAGAGGGAGGCAAUGGGAAACCCCAUCUGAAUACCGCUUACCAUGAACACCCUAUUCGUAGGAUCGCCAUAAGUCGGGAUCAACAUGAAGGCAGUCCAUUUCCAUUUUCAAAUGACCACAAAGUGUAUUCUCUAUUAUCUCAGCUUUUUGUUACCAGUUUGCUUACUGUUCCCCGUCCAUAUCUCGAAAGCCCCCUCUUCUGUUUGGGGAGGAGGGACAGUUAAAUUUCCAAGCGGCUCUGUCCCAUGGCUGCUGGGAACUACAAUCCCCACCGGGUCCAAUACAAUCAGGUGCAUGCCCGCCACAGCAUCUAAUCAAUGUGCAAAUGCCAACAUCAUAAGUUAGGUGAGAGUUCUUAGACUAGUGGAUGAGCUUUUCCUAAGAAUUCUCUGAGAAAAGUUGUAAAUGCUGCACUGAGCCAAGUUGAUUAUGAACUGAGUUGGGGUUAGUUCUUCCUCUGCUACAUGCGGUAUCUUAAAACCACUGUACAGAGGACGCCCAUCACUGUUAAGUCGCCAUGCAUCACUGCUGUGCGCUCGCUCCCAGCCUCCCCUCUUCGUAUUCAACUCAGAAGGGAGUUUUUUCUCUUGAAUUCUCAGGAGCCAGACUUAAAGUACGAUCAGUUGGGUUGAACAUUAACUUUCACAGCUCUUGUUGGGCUGAGCAGGAACAAAAGGUGGAGCAUUGGCUUCAGAAAGAUAAGAUAUUGUGUGUCUUAAUAAAUAAACAAAUUAACACAUACAAAAAAAAUUAACAUACCAAACCCAAAUUAGUAUGUGUCACUUCAGACCGGGACAAGAUAUUUCAUAGGGGUGCAAUUGUUGAGAUGACUAUCGCAAUUUCAAGGCCCGCUUAAGAACAUAAGAACAUAAGAAGAUUGACUAAGAUUAUAUUGCAAAACCAAAACCAAGCAACCCUGUGCAUUUGGGAGCAUUUGUCAUGGUUACUGUUAAAAGGAACUCAAUAAUAAUUAACCUAUUCAACGCUCCCUGUGUUGACUCAGAGGUCUAGGAGCUCCUACGGAACAAUCACACAUGGUCUGAAUGAAACAAAGCAAAGUUGUGUGUGGAAAUGGUGCGGAACAUGCAGCAUACUUAAUUUUGCCACUGCUAAGAAGUGUUGGAAGUGGGGCAAGAACAACUCCUGUUUUGUCCUUUUGUUUAUGUUCCAGAAGAGAGAGAGAGGUCGGGUCCUCCGGAUGGCUAGGCUUGACUACCUUUACCUGUGAUGCUCUGACUUCCUUCUGUCGCAGACUGAAAUGCUUAGGGAAGCUUAUCUGCCCCUCCUCCUUCCGCCCUUUCCUUCUUCUCUUCUUCAACUGUCAGAGAGAGAGGAGACACCUUUGUCUCUGCCCUCUCUCUCCUGAGCCAUGAGGGCGACUCCCAAACCUGGGUGUUGCACCUCCAACCUAGUUAGAACUAGGUAUGCCUUUCCUAUCUACUAUGUAUUUCUAUAAAUAA